AUGGAUCUUUCUUGGUGUAUCAUGUGCGAUUGUCAAUCGAACGAAGACAACUUGUAUUGUUCAGAAUCAUGUCGUAUCCAAGAUGUCAAUCAUAAACAUGCUACUAUAAAACCAACAAGUACACCUGUACUCGAUCCAUUCUAUUCAUCGUUUCAACAUGAAAGAAGACGCACUUCUGUCACCAUUUCCAAGUCAAUUCGCUCGGUGGAUCUUUAUCUGUCCAGUCCAACUUCCAGUCUUCGCUCUCAAUCCUAA